AUGGUCCAGAUCAACAUGUUCGGGACGGGGACCAGCCUUCAGUCUGCAAUUUGGGUGGCGUGUGGGAUGGCCUUUAUCCUAUUUGGCUACGAUCAAGGCGUCUUCUCCGGAAUUGUGGAAAACGAUGACUUUCUGGACACCAUGAACCGCCCCAAUGAUAGUCUAAUGGGCAUCAUCGUUUCGAUAUACAACUUAGGCUGCUUCUCCGGGUGUAUUGUGAACUUCUUCAUUGGCGAAUGGCUUGGACGGCGUAAGGCUAUGUGGUUGGCUAUGGUUUGGGUUCUGAUCGGCGCAGCGUUGCAAACAUCCGCCUUCUCCGUCCCCCACCUCAUGGUUGGUCGAUUUGUGACAGGUAUUGGCACCGGUAUUGAGACCUCGACUGUGCCUAUGUAUCAAUCAGAAUUGUGCGAGGCUUCGAAACGUGGAAAGAUGGUUUGCAGUGAGCCAUUGCUUGUGGGUGUGGGUAUUGUGGUUAGUUACUUUUUCGAUUAUGGCAUGAGUUUUGUUGGAGGUCAAAUUGCGUGGAGACUUCCUAUCGCGUGUCAAAUGAUUUUCGCUAUUAUCGUCAUCGUGCUUGUUUUUGGACUUCCCGAGUCUCCGAGAUACUGUUACAAAGAGGGACGAAACGAGGAGGCCCUCCAAAUCCUGAGUGACGUGUACGGUCGGCCUAAAGACGACGAGAAGAUACUGGCUGAACAGGCCGAGGUUCUCGAUGCCCUUGCUGUCGAGUUAAAGCAUGGAGAGUAUCAGUGGAAAAAUAUCUUCAAGAAAGAUGAAGUUUCCACGGGUUAUCGAGUUCUACUCGCCUACGGAAUGCAGUUCAUGAACCAAAUGGGCGGUAUCAACCUACUCGUGUACUUCAUACCUACCGUACUCAGCAACAAUGUUGGUCUCAGCAAAAAUCUCUCCCAAGUUCUCGGCGGAUGCGUCCAGAUUAUGUUCGCCGUUGGCAGUUUAUUCCCUGUGUUGUUCGUGGAUCGAGUCGGCCGAAGAGCGCCUAUGCUCUGGGGUUCGUUCGGACUGGGAAUCUGCAUGAUGAUGGUCUCGAUUCUGCUCAGUUUCAAGGGAACAGCCGUUGAGAAGCCCACUGCGUCAGCGUCUAUUGCAUUCUUUUUCGUCUUCAUGCUCAUCUUCGGCGCCUCGGUCAACUGUAUCCCUUGGUGCUAUGUGCCAGAAGUUCUGCCUCUUCAUGCACGCGCUAAGGGAACAGCCGUGGGUACCUCUUCGAAUUGGAUCUGGAAUUUCUUCGUCGUCAUGAUCACCCCUGUGAUCAUCAACCGUCUGCAAUGGAAAGCGUACUUGAUUUUCAUGUGCACCAACUUCGCUUUCGUGCCGCUGGUGUACUUCUUCUAUCCUGAGACCGCGAACUUCACUCUAGAGGAAAUCGACUUCCUCUUCACGAACCCGGAUAAGGGCCCCGUGAAGCUUUCUAAGGAGCUUCACAAAGAGAGAAAACAGGGACAUGGCAGAAAUAUUGUUGCGGAGGCUGGAGUUACGAGGCAGACGAGUGUUGUUGGAGGCGGGAAGCAUAUGGGAAGUGACAUGUUUGAAGAACAGAAGCCAACAUGGGCUGGAGAAACUCGCUUCAAGCAUCUUCCCCCCUUUUCGAGCACGAUUUGGGGCUCGACCAUAGUGGCUUCAUUCGCUGCUGGCAAAACUCUGUUCAAUUGGGACGUUCGAGCCAAUGUGCUCUCGAUCUUUCCGGUCGCUGCUCUUCUGGUUGCCUAUAUCACUGUUGUGUCCAGCACUUGCAGGUGGGCUCGAUUUAUUCCUCGACCUUUGCAUUCUGGGCAUCAAGUCAAUUCUCUUGCGAUCCGUGUUGUGGCUAUUUUGAUGGUUAUUCUAGGAAUCGACACGAUCGUCUUUGGUUUCCCUCGCGCUGGCUCUGUGCGAACAGGGGCACUGGGGCUGGUGAAGGCUUUGAAGCUUUAUUCUAUAGUUUAUACCGUUCGAUAUUCUUCUUGGCACACUAUAGCAUUGACAGAAACAUUCAGCAUCAUAGUAGCUCGCGACCCCUUCACGCAGUCGUCCGAUUUGCAGGCCGCAUCCUACAUAGUGGCAAUUCUCCUUGUCCUGAGCCAAAUUGCUUGCGUUAUUCCAAAGCAAGCGAAGCCAAAAUCGGCUCUCUGCGUCUUCUUCCCUCUCGUCGCUCUGUUAGCUUACGCUGCCAACAUCCUUGCCAUUCAGGCCGCGCAAGCUUCGAUGAUACACUCACAGAAACACCCUGUGGAGAAUUUAAUUCUCAAGGUCCAGAUGAACUUUGGCGCUCUGAUCCAGAGACAAUCCACGAACCUCACUGUCUCCGCGGACGAAUAUCGGCGUCGGUACCAUGCCGAUCCACCACCAGGGCUCGACGACUGGUACGAGUUUGCCCGCUCUCACCAGUCCCCAAUCAUCGAUGAAUUUGACACCAUCUAUGAGGGGAUCUCGCCCUUCUGGAGACUGAGCGGGAAGCAGGUUCUCGACGCUAUGGACCAGGCGCCGAUCUGUGGCUCUGCGUAUUUUCCGGUCGUGAGGCUACAACACAAUGUCGCCAUCCCUAUCGCACCUCAGACAGAGACAUUAAUCCCCUUUUUGAUAGCCUCUUGCAACAACUCCCAGGUGUCCUUCCCGAUGUUAAGUUCCUUGUCAACCAUCUGGACGAACCGAGGGUCCUCAUUCUCCCACAAUCCCCACAACAUGUCGAGACAGCCAGCCUGGGACACUUUGACGAAAUUCUGCCCUUCUUCGUCUGAACCCACCGAGCCAUAUCCCGAUACACACACGGCGACCCCAUCGGUUCUACCAUUCAUCUCAAAUAUGUCAUCUGUUAUAGACCUCUGUCGCCAUCCCAAAUACCGCAAUAUGCAUGGCCUCGCCAUUAGCCCGACGACCUUCUGUCCAUUCCAAGGACCCGUGCCAGUCCUCUCCACUGGCGCGCCGUCCACCAUGGCCGAUAUCCUGUACCGCAGCCCGGCAUACCUGCAACCAGAAUUCCGUUAUGACAACAACGGUGUCUACGACGUCCCUUGGGCGAAGAAAUGCAAUCGACUACACUGGAUGGGGUCCACCACCGGCGGAUUCGCCAGCACAGACAAUCAAUGGCAGCAUAACCAUCGUCAGCGAUUUGUCCAGCUCGCCCAGAAUCUCAAUCAGAAGGACCAUCUCUAUCUUCGGGAAGAAACGGAUAAGCACAGCGGCAAGGCAACCAUCACCUCCACACACUCCCCCUUCCUCAAUAGUCGUCUCUUCGAUGUCGCCUUCACGCGCAUCACCCAAUGCUCGCCUUUCUCCUGUCGCACCCAACGACAAUACUUUACCACACAGUCGUGGGCCGAUAAGGAGGACCGCGCGAUGGGAUCUCGACUUGUUUUCGACCUGGACGGCAACGGCAUCAGCGGUCGCUACUACAAGCUUCUAGCCUCACGAUCGGCGGUCCUCAAGCAGACUCUGUUCCGUGAAUGGCAUGACGACCGGCUCGUGCCGUGGGUCCACUAUAUUCCUGUCAGUCUGGGCAUGCAGGAACUACCCGAGCUGGUCUCCUACUUUACCUCGACGGAGGCUGGACGGGCAUGGGCGCAGGAAAUCGCCGAGCAAGGUCGGAGAUGGUUCUUUUAG